AGCUUAUCGUUUAGCUGCGCGUGGUGCAUCAUCAAAGCCUCUCCAACUGCAGGCUCGUUGCAAUUCGACAUUUUCUUUCACAUUUAUUUGCUCAUAAGGUCGGUCCAGGUCAUUUCCAUCGCUCAUCGUUAGCUGCUUAACCCUUUGAUUACAUCAUACCUCUCCGCAUACCAGCAUUACGAUCUCUCUCUCAUUACUAUAGUUGCAGCCACCAACACCUAGCCCACCAUGGCCGACGUUGAGAAGAAGGAAGAGCCCGUGGCGACUGAGCAACACGAGAAUGACACGGGUGCCGGCGACGAUGGCGACGACGAGCAGGAAAUCUCGGCGAUGAAGAAGAGGGUGGCCGAGAUGGAAGAGGAGGCCGCCAAGCUUAGGGAAAUGCAAGCGAGCCUCGAUUCACAAAGCCAAGAGCUCAGCACCGAGAGCAGGGAUGACGUCGACAGCCGCAGCAUCUUUGUCGGCAACGUCGACUACUCGGCCUCCCCAGAGGAGAUUCAGGCGCACUUCCAGAGCUGCGGCUCCAUCAACCGAGUCACCAUUCUCCUCGACAAGUUCACUGGCCAGCCCAAGGGAUUCGCCUACGUCGAGUUCACGGAGCCCUCCCUUGUAGCGCAGGCACUGGUUCUUAACGAGAGCGUCUUCAAGGGCCGAAACAUCAAGGUUUCUCCGAAGCGGACAAACUACCCAGGAAUGAGCAGAGGCCGUGGAAGGGGUCGCGGGCGUGGUGGUUUUGGACGCGGCGGCUUCCCUCCUAGGGGAGGUUACCGAGGUGGCUACCGUGGCCGUGGGCGAGGCUUCACGCCCUACUAGGCGUCGUUCACCAUGGCUAUUUAGCUGAUAUUUUUCGGCUUCUACAGCGUACGCAUUCGUGCUAACGCUCAAGUUCCCAACGGGGGUUGCAAUGACGGUCCUGUUUAUGGGCCGAUAUUUAUCUGAUUUUUUUUUUUUUUCUGUUCUUUUUUUGCAUUCUACGGUGCGGUCUGGGCAACCAGUCCGCACUACUAUUCUCGAUAAGGAUCGAUCUCUAUUGCAGUGUAUGAUAGAGCAGAAUGUCACGUGAAGAGGAGGAAUCCAUGAAAGUCUCCGCGAUCUAUUCUCCUACCGUGAUGCAUGCGCGGACCCACACAAGAGUUGGAAAACCUGACUGAUAAAAUACUAUGUCAUUGCAGAUGAUUAUUCGACUGCGGCUGCUCGGAUAACAGCACUGGAAAACGUGUUGUUGUAUCUCGCAACUGAAGCAGCCGCCAUUCAAGAUAUGUACCCUACCUAUGUAGCAGCUCCCAUGCGACUAUCAGAGUAUCUCAUCGAGUCCCA